AGAGAAUCCCAAAAAUGACAUCCAGACUUCGAGGGAGCUGAGGAAAGAAGGGGCCAAAUCUUUCAGUUCACGGAGGGCGGACGCAGCGACCUCGAAUCAAAUUAUAAACACAUUUCUGGAGUUUUUUUGGCGUUAUUACAACAUAAGGACAUUUACAUUUUGGAUAUGAAGCCCGGUACGAUUCGCAGCUCAGCAAAUAUACCGCGAAUGCAUCACUGAAUACUACAACAGCGUUUGGAAAGAGAGAAAGAAAGGAGAAGAGAACGUUUCCUGCGUUUGACAGAACAGCGCAGGAAAAAAUCCCUUGCUUGAACUCCCUCAUUAGUUAUACUUGAUACGCUCAACUGCUCAAAAAGGUUCGAAAUGUGUGACUUAAUGCCAGCUUCGCAGCCUGUCGAGAAAAUUGGCAAAAUGAAGAAGUUGCGAAGAACUUUGUCGGAGAGUUUCAGUCGGAUUGCCUUCAAGAAAGAGGACAGUGGCUUUGAUGAGAUAUGUGUCACAAAGAUGUCCACACGCAGCGGCCAGGGUCCGGACUCGGUGAUCAAGCACAUGGACACCAUCCCUGAGGACCGCAAGGUGCGCGUGCAGCGGACACAGAGUGGUUUCGAGCCCUUUGAGAAGCCAGCCAGCCAGGUGAAGCGCGUGCACUCCGAGAACAAUGCCUGCAUCGCCGCCAAGAGCUCCUCUGCUGGCAAGGAGUCGCCCAAGCUACGCCGACACUCCAGCCCCAGCUCGCCCACCAGCCCCAAGUUUGGAAAGGCCGACUCUUACGAGAAGCUGGAGAAACUGGGAGAAGGCUCAUAUGCCACUGUGUACAAAGGAAAGAGCAAGGUAAACGGUAAACUGGUGGCCCUGAAAGUCAUCCGUCUCCAGGAGGAGGAGGGCACCCCAUUCACAGCCAUCAGAGAAGCAUCCCUUCUGAAGGGCCUGAAGCACUCCAACAUCGUGCUGCUCCACGACAUUAUCCACACCAAGGAAACUCUGACGCUGGUGUUCGAGUAUGUGCAUACAGAUCUGUGUCAGUACAUGGAUAGGCACCCUGGGGGGCUUCACCCCGACAACGUUAGGCUGUUCCUGUUCCAGCUGCUGCGGGGCCUGUCCUACAUCCACCAGAGCUACAUCCUGCACCGGGACCUCAAACCGCAGAACCUGCUCAUCAGCGACACGGGGGAGCUCAAGCUGGCUGACUUCGGUCUGGCACGGGCGAAGUCUGUCCCCAGCCACACGUACUCCAAUGAGGUGGUGACCCUGUGGUACCGACCCCCAGACGUCCUGCUGGGCUCCACAGAAUACUCCACCUGCCUGGACAUGUGGGGUGUCGGGUGCAUCUUUGUGGAGAUGAUCCAGGGGGUGGCGGCGUUCCCAGGCAUGAAGGACAUCCAGGACCAGCUGGAGAGGAUAUUUCUGAUCCUGGGCACUCCUACAGAAGAAUCCUGGUCAGGUGUGCUCUCUCAUCCUCACUUCAGAUCAGAUCGCUGCACCGUCUACAGUCCCAAAAAACUCAGACAAGCCUGGAACAAGAUGGGCUACGUGGACCAUGCUGAAGAGCUGGCCUCCAGGUUCCUGCAGUGCUCCCCAAAGCAGCGGAUCUCAGCACAGGCGGCUCUCAGCCACGAGUACUUCAGCCAGCUGCCCCCACGGCUCUGGGAACUAACCGACAUGUCUUCUAUCUUCACCGUGGCAACAGUGAAACUGCAGCCAGAGUCGGGCGACAGCAUCCAGGUGUGCGGGAGGACCUCCAGCCAGAGCAAAGCCUCUUCAGGCACCAAGCACUGACCGCCAGCCCGCCUCCCUGCCUGAGGUGGAAGCUGACAGCAGACUGAAGGAGAGGAAGGAGAGUCAGAGAGAAGAGGAGACCAAAAUGACCUCUCACCUAUCUCUUAAGUUAUUUUGUCCAAAAGUGUUAUCUUCUAAGAGGUGUACUGUGUGCGUGUGUGUCAGUGCGUGUGUGUGUGAGAGUGAGAGAGAGAGAGAGAGAGAGAGAGAGGGUGUGUGUGAGUGUUUGCAAAAAUGCGUGUAUAAAAGUGAGCAUGUUCCUUACACAAGUGUAAAGAACCUCAUAUUUGAGUUUUUCGUCAAUAACUUUUUAUUUUUUUGUUUACUUUUGAAUGUUACAUAUAUAUACAGUAUAUAUAUUCACGUUUUGCUGAUGUGUAAAGGGCAGCAUUUAAAAAUCAUCGGAAAGACAUUCAGAGGACUCUGACGCAUACUGCUUGUGUAUGUAUUGACCUACGUAUGAAUGUAUGUUAGUAUGUAUGAUGGACCUGUACAGAACAACCACAAUAAUGUCUUGACUCUCACACUUAAUUCUCACAUUAAGUACCCUUGUUUCGUGCUGACAUUAAGAAGAAGGAAAAAGCAUUCUUGACUGCUCCAUCCCACUGAACAAACACAACCACAACAAUAAUACCAUUAGAAUAAUGACAAUAGCACUGAUGUAAAGAACAGUAAUUGCUGUUGAUAAUAGUCCUUUGAGGUUCAUCUCUGGUGUUGCAGAUGCGGGUACUGCAGGAUCAGUCUAUAAGCAACAGGCACCGCCAGAGACACACAGCAAAGACACACCUGUCAGAGUGCAUGUGCUAUGAGACUGGGGUAGUCUUUGUGUGUGCAUGUGUGUGUGUGUGUGUGUGUGUGUGUGUGUGUGUAUGUGCACGUGUUU